AUAACUCUUCCAUAGCCGUUUCUCCACUGUGUUUUUCUUUUCUCUCUCAGUACACGGCGACUCCGUCCCAACCAUGGGAGGUUCGAGAAAUCAAGUGAACAAACCUCACAAAACUCGUUUUGCUUCUAAAGCGUCUCGUCACGAACACAGAACCUCUCUCAAAGCGACGAGUAAAAUUUCUAAGGACCACAAUGGCAAGGGAGUCAGAGCUGCAAGAAUGCAGCGUAACAAAAUGCUACGAGAUCAAAAACGUGCAGCUAUUUUGAAAGAGAAAAGGGCCUCAAGUGGAUCAACAAGCUCUCCUCGUGUUAUUGUUCUUUUUGGGCUUUCUGCUGCUGUUAACCUAAACUCACUUGCUGAAGAGAUUUUGUCGUUACUAUCUAAAGAAAGUUCUUCGGCUCUGUCUUCAACUGUUGCUUCUUCUGAGUAUAAGCUGAGGACAACGGUACUGAAAGCUCCCCAUGGAGAUUUGCUGUCGUGUAUUGAAAUGGCAAAGGUUGCUGAUCUGAUUGCUUUUGUGGCAUCAUCAAGCUUUUCAUGCGAAGGAAGUACAUCUGACUACAUUGAUUCAUUUGGAAGUCAAUGCCUUUCAGUGUUCAGAUCUCUUGGUUUACCAAGCACUGCUGUGCUUAUCCGAGAUCUUCCCGAUGAGAUGAAAAGAAGACAUGAUUUGAAAAAAAUGUGUAUCUCUAGUCUUGUGUCUGAGUUUCCUGAGGAUUGUAAGUUUUAUCCAGCUGAUACAACGGAUGAGUUGCACAAGUUCAUGUGGCUUUUCAAGGAGCAAAGGCUUUCCGUUCCUCACUGGCGAAGUCAGCGGGCUUACCUCAUGGCUCAAAAGGUUGAUGUCAUAGCAGAUAGUGGCGACUCUGGAAAAUGUACUCUUCUUCUUACAGGAUAUUUUCGUGGGCGCAACCUGUCGGUGAAUCAACUGGUUCAUGUUUCUGGUGCUGGGGAUUACCAAUUGUGCAAAAUUGAAAUUCUCAAGGAUCCAUAUCCUUUAAAUGCAAGAAAGGAGACAGAUACUAUGGAUUCGGAUGCCAUUAGUGAUGAGGUUGUUCGUUGCUUGGUUCCUGAUCCGUUGAAGCAGGAGCCUUUACUUGUUGAAAAUAUGCCUGACCCUCUUGCUGGUGAACAGACUUGGCCAACAGACGCAGAAAUCGCUGAGGCUGAUAAACAUCAUGAACAAAAAAAAUUGAGAACACGGACCCUUCCUCGAGGCACUUCAGAGUACCAGGCUGCUUGGAUUGUGGAUGAUACAGAUGAAGAGGAUUUAGAUAGUGAUGAUGAUGAAGCUGAUGGCAUGGUAUUAGAUGAAAGGGGAAGUGAUUUUCCUGGCCAAAAGAAUACUAAUGAUUAUGAUCUUAGUGAUGAUAAUGCUUCUUUAAACUUGAGGGACUCUGAUGAAGAAACUGAUGUUGAUUCUGUGAUGAUGGAUGGCGAAAACUUGACUAGAGAGCAGUUGGUACAUGAAAUCCAAAAAUUGAAAAAAGAACACGCUGAUGAUGAGGAGUUUCCCGAUGAAGUGGAUACCCCUAUAGAUAUUCCUGCUAGAAAACGGUUUGCCAAGUAUAGAGGCCUCAAGUCCUUUCGUACCUCUUCAUGGGAUCCCAAAGAAUCUUUACCUCAAGACUAUGCCAGAAUUUUUGCAUUUGAUAAUUUUGCACGAACACAGAAGCAUGUUCUUUCUAAAGCAUUAGAAAUGGAGCAAGUAGAUAGGGAUGACUGCGUACCAGUAAAUUCAUACGCAAAGCUAUAUAUUAAAGAAGUACCCAGUGGUGUUGCCUCUAAAUUAUGUAUGUCUUCAAAAACAAUGCCUGUUAUAGCCUGUGGGCUUUUGCAGCACGAGUCUAAGAUGUCCGUCCUUCAUUUCAGCAUAAAAAAGCUCGACACAUAUACCGAACCCAUCAAAUCGAAAGAAGAAUUAGUGUUUCAUGUCGGUUUUCGCCAAUUUAUUGCAAGGCCAAUAUAUUCUACUGAUAGCAUGAAUUCAAACAAGCACAAGAUGGAGAGGUUUCUUCAUGCAGGACGCUUCUCCAUGGCAUCAGUUUAUGCUCCAAUUUCGUUCCCUCCCCUUCCUUUAAUAGCGUUCAAAUAUGCUGAAGGAGAUGUUGCUCCUGCAGUUGCUGCUGUUGGUUCUCUAAGAAGUAUUGACCCAGACAGAAUAAUUUUGAAGAAGAUUAUUUUAACUGGCUACCCUCAAAGAGUAUCAAAGUUGAAAGCUUCUGUAAGAUAUAUGUUUCAUAACCCUGAGGAUGUAAAAUGGUUCAAGCCUGUGGAAGUGUUCACGAAAUGUGGUCGCCGUGGUCGCAUCAAGGAACCCGUUGGUACACAUGGGGCUAUGAAGUGCCUUUUCAACGGGGUCCUUCAGCAGCAUGAUACCGUAUGCAUGAGCUUGUAUAAGCGUGCGUUUCCAAGGUGGCCGGACCAUUGCUUCCCACUAACUAAUUCUUGAUAAGAAAAGAGGCUCGGCCACUAGCGCUCUCGGAGAUCUUCUUCCUGUGAUAAAGGGAGGCAGCUGCUGCUAAGAGAAUAUUUGAUGAUAAAGAAGAGUCCGGGGAGAUGUGGGAGAAGAUCAGGAUCUGGGUGGGCUGUGUGGUUGUUCAAAGUCAGAGUUGAAAGUUUUUAUUUAUUUUUUUGUUCGGAAUUGGCAAUGUGUUUUUUAACCUGUUUUUGUAGCUUUAAAAGUUUCUUAAAGUUGCCUUCUCUGAAUGUAGAGUAUGGCAGUUUUUUGUUGCAUUUGUUAUAGGAAAUUUUGUUUCUAUUUUCUUGUUUUUGUUAUUUUUUGGUAGUACAUUUGUGUACUCCAAUUUACUCCUUGUAUUAUUUUCUCUAUAUCAAUAAUACAAGUUAUUAUUAUUA